GCGGCCCGGGCGGAAGUGACGAUGCUGGAGCCGCGGGAUUCAAACUCCCGGAAGCGGGGCUGGGCCGGGGCCGGCCGGAGCAGCCGCCGCCGGCGGGCAGAGGGUCCCUGCGGCGCCGUGUCCCAGGGCGCGCACGGGCCCGUUUGCUCCCCGCGCCCCGGUCCGAGAGCCGGCAGCGGGAGCCGGGAAGCCCUGUGCUGCCCGGGCUUGACUGAAGCUGCGUAAGAAGUCACGUCCGGCCCGUUAGCAGGGAUUGCUCUUCCGUAACGCUACCUUUACUUUUUAUAGGCGCUUAAAGAUGAAUUCCAAGACCGCCAAAGAUAUAAUUAUUGGCAAGUGGGGCUUAAAGUCGGGUAGCUCCAGACGCGAGAGUGAUCUCGAGAAGUAUAAGCAGGAGAACGCUGCCCUGAGAAAAUCAAUGGAGGAAGUCGUUAAAGGGAAAGGCAAAAUGACCGACGCGGAAAGGAACGGGCUCCUAGAGAAAAUACUUUCCCUUGAAAAAGAAAAAGAAAAUCACAACCGCCUGCUUGGAGAGAAGGACAAAGAAAUCCAACAUCUGAAAGAUAAGCUUAGGUCAAAAAACAAGAAUAGUGAAGUCUCCUUAUUACAAAGUCAGCUAGAGGAAAAAACAAAGGAAGCAGAAAGGAGAGAACAGUUACUUUGUUCUCUAUCAGAAGAAAUGAACCGGUUAAAAUGUAAUUUAUCCAGCGUUACUGCAAAAUGUUCUGAGCUUGAAAACAGAGCCAGUACUUCUCAGGCACCCCAGGAACUCAUAACAAACAGCACUGGAUCAUCAACUAAUCUUUAUGAAGUUGAAAAACAACUGAAAGAUGCUCUUGAGAAAAACCAACAGUGGCUACUGUAUGACCAGCAACGUGAAGCAUAUGUCAGGGGCCUGCUUGGAAGGAUCUUUGAACUUGAACAGAAGUCAGAAACAGUUAGCCAACAAGAAUCUAAAGAAUUCAAUUCAGAAGGUCAUCUACAAGAGGAAAAGCAAAAAUAUUAUGACCAGCUGUUACUAACUGCUAAGAGUGAUCUUGAGACUGAAAGACGCACUAUAACCCAGCUGAGAUCUGAACUUAACGAAUUCAAAAAGAAGUAUGAAGAAACACGACAAGAAAUAACAACUUUAAAUGCCUUACUGCAGUCACAACAGGUUGCUGAAAUGAAGACUCUAGAAAAUGAAAAUAAAAUUAAAGGAGAGAAAGUGCAGAGACUAAAACAAGAAAAUGAAACUAUUAAAGGACAGCUCAGAGAAGAAAAGAAAAAGUCUGAAGAUCUUUUAUGUCAGGUGCAACUUCUUCGCAAAUCAUUGCUCAAACAGCAGGAGGAACACACUAGGAUAGCUUUGUUGGAACAACAGAUCCAGAUAUGCACCACAGAUUUUGAAAAUGAAAAGCUUGAUCGCCAGAACUUGCAGCAUCAAUUAAACAAAGUCCUUAAGGAACUGCGCAAGGCCAGGGAGCAAAUAACCCGUCUGGAACCUCUGAAACUCCAGGAAUCUGGACGUAUGGAACCACAAGAAGAUUUGCAAGCUGUGUUUGAAGAGAAGCUGACCAUGUAUGACAGAAGUCCUUCCCUGAAACAUUCAAACCUUCUUGAUGAAAGUUUUCUCGAGUGUCCCAGAUGUAAAGUGCAGUAUCCAACAAGCCAGCAUAGAGAAUUACUAGCACAUAUUGACUUCUGUACAGCUUGAGCUCCAAAUGGACUUACUGUAUUUGCUUUAUACACACUGCCAACGUGCUUUUCUACAAAGGCAAAAGAUCUUUUUAAAGCUUUUUUCUUAAGGUUGUAUAAAGGACUACUAGUUUUAUAUUCAGUUCCACAAAAACAUUAUAGUUAUUUAUUUGGCCUCAAUUAUUUUACCCGAUGUUUUUGCAAAAAGCAGCUACUGCAUUUUUGGUUGCAAAUGGAAAUAUUUUUAGAAUUGGGAAUAUCUUCAAAUAGUAAACUACUGACUUAUUUUUUUGCACUAUUAAAAAUGAGAACAGUAAAAGCACACCUAUUGUGUCAGACUUUAUUUUCAUGUUUGCCAUAUCCAGUUCUUGGUUGGUGAAUCCUGAUGAUUGUGCUUGUACCUUAACUGACAGUAAUAGCUGCAAAAGAUUUUUGGCCCUCGUAGGUGUACUAUAUAUAUAUUUAUAUAUACAUGGUAUGUGUGUAUAUGUAUAGUAUGUACAGUGUAUAUGUACAUGUAUUAUAUAUAUGUAUCAUAUACAUAUGUAAUGUAUCACCAUCUUGAUACAUUAAAACUCAGAAGACUCAAGCUAGAUCUUUGCUGCUUAAGAUUCAUGUUGAAAACAUUAAUCAUAAGUAGCUUAUUUUCCUGAACCACAGUCAGGUGUGACUUAGAGCUCAUAUAAAAAUGCUGACCAAGGUUUAAGCGCUUCUCAAAAAAAUUGUCAUUGGGAAAACAAACUUCCUAGCAAAUACAAACCUCCUUGGUACUGAAAAAAGUUUGUAUUUCUGACAAUGUCAGAGACCAUUUUUGAAGUUUGGAUAUGGAAUUAUGCUGAAGUAAACUUGUUUGCACUUCUGUAUUUUAGACGCUAAAGUUAGGCAAUGCCAGUUAUUCAAUCUGUUACAUUUGACAAAUGCCCCAGUUUAAAAGUGCAGUUUUUAAUAAAUUGCUCUAGUGGACUUAAAGUGUCACUGUAUUUUGGUAUUAAUACAGAAAACAAGUUAGCAAUAAAUUCUUGCAACAAAUUA